UUCGCAGAGUGUUAUUCUCAGAAUGACAGAUGGCGUGAAGCAGAUGGGCGGAAUAUAGGGCACGCAGACGCAACGAGACGGACGCGUCAGCGCAGAGCGAAGCACGAUGGUGGAUAACCGGUACGCCACGGCUCUGGUGAUCGCCGGUGUCCUGAACGUGCUGGCCUCUGUGUAUCUGUCGCUGUCGGUCGGCUCGCCGCACUGGUUCUGGUACUGGAGCCUGCCAGUGCACGCGGAGCCCAACGCUUCGGAGCUGCGCACGCGGAGCGACGAGUUUCUGGACGCAGACUUCGACGAGAAGAGCAUCAGCGACACGCUGUUCUGCAUGAACGGGACGCUCGGGCUAUGGUGGAGAUGCGUCCAGACGCCCGCUGACGCGCACUGGACCAGAGAACCCGAUCCAAAGAUGGAGAUGGAUUGUGUGAGUUUCACUCUCUUGCAGCAGUUCACUCCAAAAUACAAAGAGCCUGGAAACCACAACAGUGGAGAAGAUCUGAUACGAACCUGUGAGCAAACACACACAC